GUAUGGCUUCCGCAAACGCUAUUCGUCUCAGCGGUCCAGCUAGCGGCUUUUCCCUUUAGCUAAUCGCCAUUAUUUGUAUAUAUAUAAAACCACUUCAUCACACAAGGAUUAUCUGGCGCUGUGGUCGGCGUGGGGCGGAAAAGGACGAGGGUUAACAGAAGUGAUACGUGUAUUCCUGGAGUCUAGAGUUCACACAAGACAACUCAGCAAUGUCUUUUAUUUUUGAUUGGAUCUACAAAGGGUUCAGCGGAGUGCUACAGUUUCUCGGUCUGUAUAAGAAAUCCGGGAAGCUUGUGUUUCUGGGAUUGGACAAUGCUGGAAAAACGACUUUACUCCACAUGCUGAAAGAUGACCGACUGGGACAACAUGUGCCUACACUACAUCCUACCUCAGAAGAGCUGACGAUUGCCGGAAUGACUUUCACCACGUUCGAUCUUGGUGGUCAUUUACAAGCCAGGAGAGUGUGGAAGAACUACCUCCCAGCCGUGAAUGGGAUCGUCUUUCUCGUCGAUUGUGCCGAUUAUCCACGUCUCGUUGAGUCCAAGAUUGAGCUUGAUGCCUUGCUAUCAGAUGAGACCAUAUCGAACGUGCCGGUGUUGGUGUUGGGAAAUAAAAUCGAUCGACCGGAAGCAGUGAGUGAAGGCAAACUGCGGGAGCUCUUUGCUCUUAAUGGACAGACCACUGGGAAGGGAAUCGUGUCAUUGAAGGAGCUGAACGCACGACCAUUAGAAGUCUUCAUGUGCAGUGUACUAAAGAAACAGGGCUAUGGAGAUGGGUUCCGGUGGCUCUCGCAGUACAUCGAUUGAGUUGACGGAGGUUUCUGCUAAAAAGGACUCCUACCUCUGAGUGUUUAAAAAGAGAAAGAAAGAGAGAGAGACUGCGACUGUGAUAAAGGACUAAGAAAGAACAUGGUGUAUUAGCAUGAAAAAUAGUUUUUAAAAACUAACACACAACAUUCCUUUCAUCUACAACAUUCCACCCAAAUUUUGAUUUUAAGUUAUCUAAAGACAUUUACAGUAUUAAAGUAUUUAACACUGCAUUUUGGGCCUGAUAGCUAUUUGUCACAUACAAGCAGAUGUAGGUUGUACAUAAACAAAUAUGAUGGUAAUAUGACUAUUACACAGAGCCUGAUCUCUUUGAACUAUUAAAAUGUUGAAAUACAAAAUACAGAGUCUCAAGUACACCCAUUGGUUCUGUAUUUAAUAAUUAAUGUUAGUACAUAAACUUUUGUUUUAUUAAAACAUUAAUGUUCCUGCUUCAUAUGAUUUAAUCUUUGUGUGAAAUAGAAGCUUUAUCAUUUCCA